CUAAUUCAGUCACGUGAAAGGAUUGCACCUCCUGCGAAGCAGUUUCUGCAUCUUUUGGACAAUCUGCGUGGCUUUACAAAGACUCCGUCACAUCAACAUCCACAAAGCGCGUUUCUGUGUACGGUCGAGCAACACGGCGAAGCCAUCAUGGUAUGUAUUUACUUUCAUGCAAUCGUGCAGUUUAGAGAUGAGUAUUCUAACCAGCAUCAGGUUUACAGCUGGGAUCCGCACAAAGAUGUCUGCUACAAACUCUACAUCGAAGAGCGCAAGUCCCUUGAGGAUAUCAUGCUGUACAUGCGUGAUAACCACAACUUCGCGCCUUCGAAACGAGCCUUCCAGACUCAAUUCAAGCGAUGGGAUUUCCCCUCGAAACGCAAACCUGCCCAUCGUAACGAGGAUCUUGUCGAACGCGUGAGAGAAUUAUGGGAAGCCAACUACAGUCAACGCAAUAUGCUUGCAGUGCUUCAUGAGGAGGGUCAUGACAUCAAGGAACGUGAGCUCAUGAGAUUACGCGCCAAACAUCGAUGGUUGAUGCGAAUCCCAAAUGGUACCAAGCAGACUCCUGCCGACGAAGAUGAAGCUUCACUCGAGGCGCAGUUGAUCGCAGCAACCCAGGACGAGUCCACUCUCGACGAAUCCGUUCAGCUCACUCAGUCCGGUCAACCAGAUCGAUCGGUCGUCCCGGAUGAUCCACCCGAGGAUUUCGUGCAGCAGCAAAAGGAGAGACUCGAACAGCUCAAGACAGUCAGCGAUGACAGAUUGAAACACAAGAAGCGUCGUCGAAGAACCAAAGGUUAUGCUGGGCUUCCUGCCGAUCCGCCUGGCCCUCCUCGAUUCCCCUCAGAGACAACACUUGAGGAAAGCAGAGACAUAUUGGAGUUGAAUGUCAAACAGUACAAGGCGAUCCGUGAUCAAUUCCAGACCAUUUGUGAAGAAGAGCAGAUCCUUCAGAAGACCGUCGCAGGAGCCGAAAAGUGGCAGGCUGUCAAAAAUCGACUUGUAUCUGAGAACAUUCUCCUGCAAGAUGUAUUCUCCAAGGAUACCGGCGAUGCGGAGGCAACUCAGAAGAAAGACCUUGCUCUCGAUGUGAUUUGUACUGAUGUGACCAAGCGUCUUCGGACAAUGGGACGACGUCUGACCAUUCUGGAGUCGAAAAACGUCCUAGCGAUCAACCCCGAACAGGGCCGACAAAUUCGUGGUCGCUUUUACGACAUCCUCAUGUCCACACAUUACACCAGCAAGAUCGAGAUGGGUCCCGAAAAGUGGCAAGAACUCAAGGAUGGCUUGAUCGCCAGUACACCACUUUUGCAGCAAAUCCUGGCUCCAGGCGAAGAUGAUCCAAUGCACGAAAAGAAGAAAUCUGCUUUGGAACUGAUCUGCCGGGAUGUCAUGAAACGUGUACGGGAUGACCGAGCGAAGAAGAAGGGAACAUUCCGGAAGAAUGCACCCCAGACUCCAACUCAAACGGCAGACCAUGUUGACGAACCCACUUUCGAUGGUGCCUAUGCUCCCUCUCUGCCUGCCAACCCCUUCAGUGAGAUUGCAGCCGCGGCGCAAAAUGCAGAUCUGUCAGACCUUCAAAUCGACCCGCACCUGCUGCAAGUCGCUGAUGAUAUGGGCUCUCCACAAGUUUCGACCAUGACGCCAGUGUACAUUCGUCCAUCCCCGGGGUCGACACUGUACAACAAUACUAAGAUGUGGUUGGGAUCAUUGUCGAGUCGAACUGUACAAGAGCUUCAUGCAAUGCUUGCGAAUAAGUAUCCGAACGCAAAGCCGGCUCGUAUCGAGGGAAUCGCAAAAGACGCCAGUGGCGAGAUCCCAUUUGUGAUUGAUGAAGAUGAGGAACUCGACGCAUACCUUGAUCAUGUUCAUGGGCGAAAGGCCACAUUCGUUGUCUUGCUCACCAAAGCGUGAUCAUUGAUGGUUGUGAUGUGUUCCACCCGGGCGCGGACGAUAUUUCUGCAGUGCAUUGAGAUGUCGACCACUGGACGAUCGUGGGUCGGACGUGUUGCACUAUGCACUUUGCGUGCAGUCUUGCUUGAGCUAUCCUGGGGCUGAAAUGAUCGACUAAUUCUUUAGUCUUCGACUGUUGCAGAUUAGGGGCUUUUAUUGUGGAGCUGGAGACGGGAUUCCAUGGUCACACAUCCACAGACCUUUGGUUCAUGCGAUUCACCAGCUAGGACGGACGUUAUCGCUCGAAAAUGAGCUUGAUUCGUUCACAAAAUGGAUCGCACUAUUCAUCAUUCAUUCAACCUCCUCGGAGCAUUCUUUUCACGCACGUUCUCCCCACAGCUAGUUGAUAUAAGACUACAAGCACCUUCUCGGUACCAUUUCCAGCCAUCUUUCGGUGAUUAUCUU